UGUUGAUGGGGUUGGUGGCGAGGGGGCCAGGUGGUCAUGGGGAUGCCCGGUGGCCUGUGAAGCCCUGAGUGGGUUGUGUGGUGCCUCACACGUGGCCUCCGGACCGGAGCACCUGGGGGUGCUUGCUUCGUAACCACGCAGAGUUGCCACCACCUCACCAGCAUCUUUGGGACCAAAUGAAUGAGACGGACCCAGGCCUGAGAUCUGUGCACCAGUAUGGGCCCUGCCCCAGCCCGGAUCCACUCCUGUCCCCAUCUUCAUCACUGCCUUCAACUCCUGAUGCUGAUGCUGCUGGCAGCUGCUGCUUCUGCCUUUACAGAGCAGAAUAGGAAAUACUGCCCAGAGCCGUGCCUCUGCUCCGAGGGGGUGCUCAACUGCAGCCAGGCUGCCCACUCCACCAAACUCCAGCACUUACCGUGGCCGAGACCAGCUGCCCGCAACAAGUCCUUCUUCUUCUUAGAUUUCAAUGGGAACUCAAUUUCUUCCAUUGAGAAAUCAGCAUGGAGAGGAUAUCCUUGGGCUGAGUAUUUACUCCUCAGGGGCAAUGGUGUGAGCAAACUGCAGAAAGAUUCUUUUGAGGGCUUGCUGUCACUGAAGCACCUGGACUUGUCCUGCAAUAAAAUCCUGACUAUUGAGAAGCGUGCAUUUGAGCCUCUUCCUUUUUUGCAGUUUCUAAAUCUUCGUGGAAAUCUCCUUGCAGAAAUUAGUUAUGGGACAUUCGUGACAUGGCAUGGGAUGCAGUUUUUGCAGAAGAUAGUCCUAAGCCGUAAUCCACUGUCAGCCAUUGUUGACAAAGCUUUUCUUCAAUUGCCAUCCUUAAAGUACCUAGAUUUAGGUGCAACACAAGUGACUCAACAGAUACUUCACACUCUUCUCGUUGUAUCACUACACUUAGAAACCCUUGUACUGCCUGACAGUAUGAUGUGCUGCCUCUGCAAAAUACAAAAGGAUAUUGAAAUGUCAUACAAGAUGAUCAAGUUACACUGUGUGGAUUCAUGUGUCACCAACUCCUCUCUUUGUGCAACCAAAGAACAUUUGGAAAAGAUGCAAACAGAAUUAAAAGAAGUGCUACAAUCCAGGAAACCGAACAUAAGCAUGGUGUUACAUCUUAAGUCUGAAAAAUUUUUACACUCCAAGAGUGACAGUGACAUCCUAUCACUUGCAACUUUCCAGCAUCGAACUACUAUGGCUGUUGAGGAUCUUAUUUCUGGGUUAAAUGACAAUUACCCUAGGCAUCUCUUCAAGAAACCUGACAAAAAUAGCACAGAGCUGGAAGUCUUGCCAUUUUUUAAACUGUUCAAAUUUGACUUACACCUAAAAGCCUCAAAUCAUUUAAAACUUCCUAAAGAUCAGUCAAAUCUGAACUGGGCCAAUUUAAGUGAACUGAAAAAACUAUAUCUGUUGGCAAAUCUGCUAGCAACGGUGCUCCGUGAAAAACUACAUGAGGCUGAAAAAGACAAGCCAAAAAAGGAAGCCAGACAUGUGUCCCUGACAACACCAAACAAUCACUUGAAAACCAAAAAGAUUUGUAAGGACCUUGCACAGAAAUGUGAUGAGAAACUAACUGGAUACAUGGCUGCAAAGAAAACUCCUGAAGAAAUAAAGGAAUGUGUUGAUUAUAUGUGGAGAUGUAUAAAUAAAGGGGGAGAUAACCAAUUAAGGAUGGUAAAGAGAGAGGUCCUGCAAAUCAAAGGAAGCAAAGAAAUGCUAGCUGUGACUUUAAAUCCCUCCAGCACACUAUCUGUUCUUAGGCAUCAUAAAGUAUCUAUUCCUUCCUUCAGGAAACGUUCCCUUUCAGACCUCCCUACACAGGAAACACACUUGACCGGCUCCUUUAAGGUUGAAAACGAGUCUCAUGACUUAACAGGUAAUAUCAUCGUUGUCUUGAAACACCACAAUAAAACUGAAAAGGUGAAGCGUCCACCUGUUAAAGAAUAUGUUCCCGUUUUCUACCAACCUAGCCAGGAGAGAAAUAAAAAUCAAUAUCUCCUAGAGAAUACACUUCACAGACAGAGUCCAUACAUGAGUCGUAUGCUGAAGGAAAGUAUGCAGCGCUACAAGAUGAAAAGUAAAGAUGAUGAACUGGAUAAUCUAUUACCCAACAAAAAUCCUGUUUUCACAAGCAGGACAGCUAUGGUGUUGGAAAAGCCACCAGAAGAUGGAAGAAGCUUGCUAGAUGGAAUCUUACCUAACAUCCAACAAACUGAUGAAACGCGCUGGAAGCAUCAGAAAGAGGAAUGGAAGGAUCAGAAAGAGGAAUUUGAUUUUCCAUCUGAAAUAAAAAAUUCAUCCCCUCCAGGUAAUUACUCGAUUCAAGGAGACAUAUUUGAAGCGGAGCUCAAUAGACGAUUGAGCACCCUCAUCCCAAACAAAGCUGUGAGGGACCUCAUCUCCCACGUGAUUAGAACCCUGAAAAUGGACUGUGCUGAGCCCAAUGUGCAGCUGGCCUGUGCAAAGCUCAUCUCUAAGACAGGCCUGCUCAUGAAACUGUUCAGCGAGAGGGAAGAUCUCAAAGGAAGCUCCUCUUUGUGGAGCCACUAUCUCUGGGAAGUGGACAGCUCUUCCGAUGAGAGAGAAAAGCAGAAGGUGGCAGGCAAGAAGCUUUCAGAGGAACUUUCCAAGGACUCGUCUAAAUAUGGCUAUGGUAACAAGCUGCUGUUGGCAAUAUCAGUGACUGUUGUGGUAAUGGCUGUUAUUGCAGUGAUUUGUAUCAUUGAGGUUUGUUCCCAAAGAUCUGCAGCAGCAUCUCAGUCAAAAAAUAAAUCACAACCAAGAUGGUCCUUUCAGAAACUCUCACAAGGCAGUCAGAGAAAAAGCACACCUGAAAUGAUCUCUAAGGCACCAAAUCUUGCAAAUAUGGAUAAACCACUUUGGCUUAGAGAUAUGUAUCUGCCACUGGAUGCUGUACAUAAAAAAUCCAUGGCAAGGAAAUUAUAUGAUGAAGGUUCCUCAGGUGAAGAAGAAAUUUUCAACAAGGCUUAUUUAAGGAAAGAAACUGAGCAGUCAUCUGACAACGAAAGCUACUAAUUAUAUUUCUGUGACUAUACCAUAUAUCAAGAAUACUGUGUUAUAAAGUUGUUUUAUAUUAUCCAGAUAAAAACAAAAUAUUAUCUUCAGAAUAUACUACUAAAUCCUUGAAUAUACUAUUAAAU